AUCGUUUUCGAAUCACCCGUCGGAAUAGUAACAGCAAGAUAUUUAUCUCAUCUGCUUUCAGAGCUCAUAAUUGACUUUCAUGAGACUUCAUUGACCCUUCUCUGUCAAUUAGUAUUCUAAUGAUUCUAAUGCACUUCAAGCACAUCAGCAUUGACCCACCCCCGUUCCAGCCUCCAUUGGAGCCUCGAUAAGAGCAGAGAUAUAACUCAGAGCGCGGCGUUCUUGGCUGAAUGUGGUUGUCCAUUGAAUUGUGGCCGCGAGUGUGGUUCUUCAGUCGCGCUAUUCUUUGUUGGCCGCGUGCAUGUGUGAAUAAGCAUAAUGUAGUAUAAAAUUAAUUCUCAAUCACCACACAUGGAUGGCAAGUGAGUGAGUGGUGGUGAGUUGAGGAAAAACACUUGGCAUUGUGUUUGUCACCAUUAUUCCUCGGAGUAGUGUCGGGCAAGUAGCCAGUUGAACUCGAGAAGUAGCGACAGUGUUGACUUUGGAUACUUCAUUCUCAUUUUCAAUCCCAUUUCCCCAGUGUUAGUUGUGUUUUGGCAGCAGUUGGACACGGAAGGCUGCCUCGCUUGUAUUUUAUUCCUUUCUCAAACGCUCCUCUUCUGUCUGAUUUCGGGCUUUGUCCGUCUCUGAGUUUCGCUGUACUGACUGAGUGCCCCUUAUCGCUGUGUCUUAUCGGGUAUCGAGAGCCUGUGUCUCAAAAGCUGAACUGCGGGGGAAUUUUGAAGACAGGGAAUUUCACUUCAUUAGACACUUGUGAGCUCAGUGGAGUGGACGCUUAUUAGAGUGGUGGCGUGGAAGCCCUGCUGCUCAGAAGAGAACUCAGAUAUAGUCAAUUGAGGAAGAACAGUGUCCGGGAGUGAAGCAGGAUGGCCGAAGACGACGUGAUUUCGAAUAAUCUACUCCCUGAUUCCGACAGGAAAAGCGGCGCCGUGAAGCUGCAGAUUGUCCCGAGUCAGCCAAAGACUCUGUCUCAUCUGCCGCAUCGGCCAGCCGUGGAUUUGGCCUUCGAGAACCUCACCUAUCGUGUUAAGGAGGGCAGAAAGAGCAAUGCCAAAGUCAUCCUCAAGGAGGUCAGCGGAAGGCUGCGCUCGAAGGAGCUCACAGCCAUCAUGGGUCCGUCCGGUGCUGGCAAAAGCACGCUGCUCAACAUUCUCUCCGGCUACAAAACCACAAAUAUCGAGGGAUUAAUCACGAUGAAUGGGAAGGAGCGCAACCUGAGCCUGUUCAGGAAGUUCUCAGCCUACAUCAUGCAGGAUAAUCAGCUUCAUGCCAACCUGACGGUGGAAGAGGCCAUGACAGUGGCCGCGAACUUGAAACUCAGUUCCAAGAAGUCCAAAACGGAGAAGAGCCUUGUGAUACGCGAAAUUCUGGACACUUUGGGUCUGCAAGAUCAUCGCAGCACGUUGACGAGGAAUUUGUCUGGUGGGCAGAAGAAGCGCCUGUCGAUCGCCCUGGAGUUGGUCAACAAUCCGCCCGUGAUGUUCUUCGACGAGCCCACCAGCGGUCUGGACAGCUCCACGUGCUUCCAAUGCAUAAAUCUGCUGAAGAUGCUGGCCCGAGGCGGUCGAACGAUCAUUUGCACGAUCCACCAGCCCUCGGCCAGGCUCUUCGAGAUGUUCGAUCAGCUGUACACGCUGGCUGAUGGACAGUGCGUCUAUCAGGGCAGCACGAAGCAACUGGUGCCGUUCCUGAGCACACUCGGUCUCGAGUGCCCGAGCUACCACAAUCCGGCCAGCUACGUGAUUGAGGUGUCGUGCGGAGAGCACGGAGAUCACACCAGGAAAUUGGUGAAUGGCAUCAUGAAUGGGAAGAGGGACAUCCGGACGGAGCUGGAUUUCAUGGAUAAGAAGAAUGACGCCUCGAGUGCACUUGCAAAGGUGCACAAUAAGGUGAUGGACAAGAAUGACUUGCAGAAUGUCGGUGAGAAAUUCGCAGAGAAUCUCAAUGCGAAUGGCAAUGGCGUGAUAAAGGCAACGAUCAACAAUGACAUCGCCAAAGAAAACACCACCGUAUCCAUUCCCAUUGAUAUGGACAAGGAAUUGGAUGUGAACUCGGCUCUGCUGCCCGAUGAGAUGCUGGAAGGCACGGAGAAGCCCGCCAGGUACGCCACGACCAUGUUCCACCAGUUCUGGGUGGUGCUGAAGCGAACGCUGCUCUUCAGUCGGCGCGAUUGGACACUGAUGUAUCUGCGAUUGUUCGCCCACGUGAUGGUGGGCUUCCUGAUCGGUGCUCUCUAUUACGAUAUUGGCAAUGACGGCGCCAAGGUGCUCAGCAACCUGGGUUUCCUCUUCUUCAACAUGCUCUUCCUCAUGUACACCUCAAUGACCAUCACCAUUCUAUCAUUCCCACUGGAGAUGCCUGUGCUGCUCAAGGAGAACUUCAAUCGCUGGUACUCGCUGCGAUCAUACUACAUGGCCAUCACCAUCUCAGACAUACCAUUCCAGGCUAUUUUCUGCGUAAUUUAUGUCGCCAUCGUGUACUACUUCACCUCGCAGCCGUUCGAGAUGUUCAGAUUCUCCAUGUUCCUCACCUCGUGCCUCCUAAUCUCCUUCGUGGCGCAGAGCGUGGGUCUCGUGGUGGGAGCAGCGAUGAAUGUCCAGAAUGGCGUGUUCCUGGCUCCGGUGAUGUCCGUGCCGUUCCUCCUCUUCUCCGGCUUCUUCGUCAGCUUCGACGCUAUUCCGGUGUACCUGCGCUGGAUCACGUAUCUGUCCUACAUCCGCUACGGCUUCGAGGGCACCGCGCUGGCCACGUACGGAUACGAUCGCGAGAAGCUCAAGUGCCACCAGACGUACUGCCACUUCAAGUCGCCCACGACGACCCUCGAGGAGCUGGACAUGCUGAAUGCCAACUUCACGCUGGACAUUGUGGCGCUGGUGGUGAUCUUCGUCGUACUCAGGGUGGCUGCCUUCCUCUUCCUGCGAUGGAAGCUGCGAACGGCACGAUAAAUGCUCAAUUCUCUCUUGCAAAAGUGGCAAUUCAAUUCGAGCUGUGCGCCCGAAGCAAAUCAGGUUCACGUUAAAUCACCUUUAACUACUCUUUUUACCACAGAAGACGCAAUUGUUAGAAUUUUAAGUACUUAUUUAAGGAGCAAAGACACAUUUACACUCUUUUGCAAUGGAUGUUUCCACGAGCGACGAGCGAGUGUUUGGAAUUUUUCGAUGACACAGGACAAUGCUAGUGGUACAAAGUAGAGAAUUUUAAAGUUAAUAAAUGAAAUCAAAUCGAUAAAAUUGAA